CAUGUUGCUGACUCCUGAAGCUGGUUUUCAGGAAUUGAGUUCCCGCUGCAACUAUUUCCCGGUGGAGCAGUCAGAGCCGAGCAGUGAGGACACUGUGCAGCCACUGAGCAUUCCUCGGACCUCCAGCAUUGUCAAAGCUCACCGGCCCUCAGUCUCGUUCGCUGAGGGCACCAAAUUCGGGCCCGAGCUGAGGCGAGGCUCGAUGCCCGAGAGCAGGGUCAUCCCUGCGGCCAAUGCCCAGCGGAAGAGGAAGCUGUCCUGGACUCUCAGUAAGUUAUCGCCCAUUGAGUCGGUACCAGGGCAGUCUGAAUGCCAGCCUUACCAGUGUAUCGAUGUGCCCAGUGUCUACCCUGAGGGUAGAGCUCCAUCCCACCACAGUCUGAUUUCUCCCGGGGCACAUGCUGGGGAGCACACAGCUCCCUCCCCAAUGGCCCCCAGAGACCCCCAGGGUCUGGAGCCGAGGGGCUCCCCGGUCACUCCGGCAGGGGCCAGGAUUGGGAGCAGUAGCCGGAAGGGGCCGACACGGGAACCUCAGCGCUCCUCCAGGAUCUGGGCCAGCACCGCGGAUGGAAUUGGAGUCGGCACAGUCCAGGCAAUGCUGAGGCGGUUCGGAAGUUUCCAGAAGCAACGGUCAGCUCCCCAGGAGGAGCUGGGUCCUCGCGCCCGGGGACAGAACGUCUCCAAACUGCAGCGCACGCUGGAGAAGAAGCUGAGGUCGUGUCCGUCAGUGGGUGAGGCUGCCUCUCCCAGUGAGCACUAUCCCCCAGGCUCCCAGCAAAGCCCAGCAGGCAGUACCAGCAGCCUGCCCAGGAAGGCCCUGAUCCCAACCACACCCAUCCUCCACAAACUGGUGGCCAACGUCACAGAGGGCACACAGGGGCGGCUGGACAUGCUGCACCCCUCCAGCCAAUCCGAACCCUCUCCUGAGCUGGAGCCCGAGAUCCCGGGCGGGGAUCAGGAACCCCGGCAGAAUGCUCUGUGAAGGAAACCUGGAGAUACAGAGAGAGGUUCACACUGACCCAGAGGGUGGGGGCAGACAGCGACCACUCUCUGCCCCCCACCCCCAAGGCGGUAGUGGGGGAGAGGGGAGGGUGGAGGGAGGUCAAUGCUGAGCCUGACCUGGUCAAAUAUAUAAAACACCCCACCCUGGCAAAGACCCUGGGGAGGGUGGGGGGACGGGAGAAUGGAGGGAUCAGGUCAGUGGGGGAUCGGAUCAACAGUCAGGGAUAGUGAUGAGCUGCUAGGCCCCGGUUUUACAUUAUUGUGAAAAUCCCCCAGCUCCAUCUCAUUGGCUGGGCGACAAUGAAGUGGUGACCAAUGUGACUGACCGAGGGGAGUGCCCAAGGGAGGCAACUGAUGGGGCUGUUUGAGAGAG